AUGUGUAAAUCCAGCCAGAGAAAAGGACACUCAAAGAAACGAAUUGAUUGUGUUGAUGAAACACCUAAUUCUGCAUCAGAAUUAUUCAUUGAUACAGUGUCUGAUGGAAAUGAACAUAUGGACCAAGCCUACACUGAAGUUUUGGUCGGACAUCAGAAGAUUCCGGUUCAUUUCAAGUUAGAUACAGGUUCAAAGGUCAACACCUUACCAGCUAGCAUAUUUGAAGCUAAAAGUUUGAAGUACCCCCUGAAGCAAGCUAAUGUCAAGCUUCAAGGUUAUGGAGGUGAAUACAUCAAGGUCAAAGGUCAAUGUAACAUGAAGGUCUACAACAGACAUUCAAGUAUGUCACUUGAUUUCUUCAUUGUCGAAACUAAGGCUCCGCUUGUUCUUAGUUUACGAACUUGUUUGGAUCUGAAACUUGUCAAAUUGAUCCUAGCAGUCGACUCACAGCCUUCGUCGUCAGGUAUGACUCAGGACUCUGUAUUGAACAAGUUCGCAGAUGUUUUCAAAGGAAUAGGCAAACGCAAAGGUAAAUGUAAACUACAUUUCAAGCCUGAUGUAACUCCAGUUAUACAUGCACCUCGACGUGUUGCAUUUGCCAUAAAGGACAAGGUGAAAGUAGAGCAAGAUCGAAUGAAGGAUCUCGGUGUCAUUGCCAAGGUCACGAAGAGCACAGCCUGGGUCAACUCACUAAUUGCAGAGAAACCCAAAACUGGUCAAAUACGGAUAUGCCUCGAUCCCAAGGAUCUCAAUCAAGCCAUCAUGAGACCUCACUACAGAAUGCCGACGUUUGAAGAUCGCAGAAUGGAUGAGAUCUAUGAGAACCUCGAUGGAUUCAAUGUGAUCGUCGAUUACAUUCACAUGCAUGGACAGUCAAAGGAGGAACAUGAUCUUCGUCUGAGAGCGAUGUUACAGCGUUCCAGUGAGAAAGGCAUUCAUCUGAACCCAGAGAAAACAGUGAUUGGAGUACAUGAAGUGAGUUACUUUGGUCACAUUCCCUCAGCUGAUGGGAUCAAGCCCGACGCUAAGAAAGUGGAUGCCAUCCAGAAAAUGGAAGCACCUAAGGAUCAAUCAGAGUUGGAGAACUACCUGAGUAAGUUCACACCUUGUCUUUCAGAGAAGACUUUCCCUCUGCGAGAUAUGUUGAAACAAGAUAAUAUGUUUCAAUGGGACAGCAAUGCGGAGAUUGCCUUCAAGAAGAUGAAGAAUGCUGUAACCAGUACAGAUUUCUUGGCCUACUAUGAUCCGAAGAAGGAGCUCACUCUUCAAGUGCAUGCAUCACAAAAUGGUUUUGGAGCUGCUGUUCUCCAGGAAGGAAGACCAGUUGCAUAUCCUUCCAAGUCACUCACCCAGACUGAGUGUAACUAUGCUCAGAUCUAA